AUGGAAACUAAACUUAACAGUGAAUUACAAAAAGAACUAACAAAUAUUAAAAAACAAAUACAAAACAUAGAUGAUAACGAAAUCACAACCUAUAUUCAACAACAAAUACAAUACAUAGAUGAUAGCGAAAUCAAAACCUAUAUUCAUCAACAAAUACAGAACAUUGAUGAUAGUGUUAUUCAACAACAGAUAACCACUAUUAAUAACCUAGUUUUGAAACAGGACAAUAAUAUAGUCGCAUUAGAAAAAAAGUAUCUCAAGAAAGAAUCAUAUUAUUUCCAUCUUCCAUUUAGAGAUUACGAUGCUUAUAUUACUGAUAAUAGUGAUAAAUCAAAAGACUAUGAAUAUAAAAAAUAUGGAUUUACAGCAAAUAUUAGAGUAUAUUCUGUUCCAAAUUAUCCUAUUUAUCCCAAAAAUAUUUUUGAUUCAGAUGAUGAUUUACCUUAUCAACCAAUAAAUUUUGUUUUCCGAGGAAAACUUUCAAUUGAAAUAACUUUUCCUUUUCAGGAUUAUAAAAUUAAAGGCCAAAUUGAAAUAAAUGGUCAAAUAAAUCAAAAAGGAAAACACAAACAAGACAUCAGAUUAUCUGGUUUCACUCCUCAAACUUUUCAAUAUAUUUAUACAAAGAUUCAUGAAACCUCUGAUACAUCUGAUUGGUAUUUUACAGGAGAAAUUAUUUGGCGCAAAAAUAAUUUUACAAUAGUAGAUAGAUCAAAAAAGGGAAGUGGUGUUAACCUACUUAAAAAGAUAAAUGAAUACAUAGGAGAAAAUUGUUACAUACCAACCGAUUGUUAUUGUUUUAUAAAGUGUGUAAAUUACAUCACGAACACAGAUUUAACAAAGGAAUUUCAAGAUUUCAUCAACAGUUUUCAAAAAUCAAACAGAAAAGGAGUUAUGACAACUGCUAGAAUUUUUAAAUUCAAUAAGAAAUUUAAUACUAAUUUUCAAAUCUAUAACCCUGAAGACAGUCAUUUUCAACCAAAGAAAGUAUUAGAGGAAUUUGAUUGGGUAUUUUAUUUACACAAAGAACAUUUCUGUUUGAUAAGAAGAAAUAACAAAGCUUUGGGCAUUAAAGAAAUAGAAGAUAAUUACGAUGAAAAUGUAUGGAGAACUUGUAAAGAUGAUGACGCGCUAAUGUGUUUCGCCCAGUUAAAACUAAACGUUUUUUCGACAUAUCCGAUAACUGUUUAUACGCUUGGGAUUGCGAAACCUAUUGCGAAAAAGAAAUGA